AAUUUGUGAUUUAGCUGAAAAAAAAGCAACCGAAAUAAAAAUAAAGUGUGGCAUAAUAUUCCAAACAAACAGUUUUGAAAAUGAGCGGUGUCAAGCCUUUGGAUUUGAUAAAUGAAAUCAAAAUAAGACCUGGUAUUUACAACAGAGAUGUUUUGGAACAGCCGCGUCGCGAGCACAAACAUCAAUUGUGGAUGGAAGUGGCGGAACGUUUGACCCCAGCCGAAGACUGGGAAAGCUAUACAGAUGUGGAAAAAGAAGCUAGAAUGGAUGAAAUUGCGGGCAAAUGGAAACACUUGAGAGCAAAUUUUCAUCGUGAUAUUAAGCUGCAGGAAGCCGGCGGAGCCAAUAAGAAACGUAAAUAUUUAUAUUUUGAUGAUAUGGAGUUUAUGCGCCCCCAUGUAGGCUACAAAAUACCACCACUUAAAAGAAACAAGUCCGUGGACUCGUUAGAUGGCACCGAGGAUUUUGAGGAGAAUGACAAUGAUACAGACAUUGAUCUGGAUGCUUUGCUCAAGACCAGCGAUAAUGCCGAAGAGGAGGAGGCCAAAGUACAAACUCGCACCAGAUCGAAACGUGUCAUAAAGCCUACCCUCAAAGCCAUGCAAAAUAAACCUUCCACUAGCACCCCAGUAGCCAGCCGCCUACAAAAAGAAGCCAUUGUCAAGAGUUUUGAUUUUUUAAAGAAAACCGGUGGCUCCACAAAUCCCAGCUUUAAAAUACGUGAUGGUGAUAUCUCAUUUUGUCUUUCGCUAGUGCCCACUCUGCGCAAAUUGGGCGAUGGCCGCAAACUAAGAGCCAAAAUCGAAAUUCUUAAAGUUUUGCACCGAUAUGUGGAUCACAUUGAACGCCGCAAUUUGGUUACACGUUCUAAUGUACCAAAUCACAAGAACACCACCAAUGCCACACAAAAUCCAGCAGACAUUGAAGAAGAUAUAGCCGAUGAUAAUUCGGAUGAGUAUGAGGAGAGUGUUAAUGUGAAACGUGAAAAACAUGAUGAUCCUCUAAAUGGUAGUGGCAGUGGCAACACCAAGACCUGGUGGACUUAACCUUCAGGAAAAAUGUGUGACAAAUUUAACAAAUAGUUAAAAGAAAAUAGAGAAACAAAAAAAAUAAUAUUAGUUAAGUUUAUUUUAAGAAUAAUAAAGAGAUUAUUCAACAACAGAAAA